AUUUGAAGUCGACGUAUACCUAAAUCCUAAUUCAUCAAUUUCAAUUUGUCCCAAGCUUCCCACCAUAGAGAACGUUUUCCAGAGAAACCCUGCUAUCGAAAUCCGUUCGGACCUUUCGAGCUCACGCAUAAACAUCAGAUUUCGGCGCUUUGACGUGGCUAAAACUCACUCUCAUUCAAUCUUGUGGACAUCAGAGCGGCAUAUUACAAUAUGAAGCCGCAUCCAGCAUGGAGUUCGUUAAGAAACCCAGUUAAGUUCAGAAUUCCAACUGCUGACAAUCUGGUUCCCAUUCGUCUUGAUAUCGAUAUAGAUGGUCAGAGGUUCAGGGAUACAUUUACUUGGAACCCUUCUGAUCCAGAUUCAGAUGUAAUUUUGUUUGCAAAACGGACAGUGAAAGACCUCAAGCUUCCUCCAGCAUUUGUAACCCAGAUUGCUCAAUCCAUUCAAUCACAACUUACUGAAUUUCGAUCAUUUGAAGGGCAAGAUAUGUACACCGGCGAGAAAAUUGUCCCUAUUAAGCUCGAUCUUCGAGUGAAUCAUACUCUGAUAAAGGACCAAUUUUUAUGGGACUUGAAUAACUUUGAGAGUGACCCUGAAGAAUUUGCAAGAAUCUUUUGUGAAGAUUUGGGUGUUGAAGACCCUGAAGUUGGACCUGCAAUUGCAUUUGCCAUCAGGGAGCAACUUUGUGAGAUUGCGAUCCAGAGUGUAGCUUCAGCGAAGGAAACACGAAUAAAUAAGAAAGGACGCAGGGGGGCUGAACACUUGCCUCUCAGUAAGCCAGGUGGAAGUGCAUUGGACACCCUAAAGUUAUUUGGUAACAAAUCAAGUGUCAUCAGGAAACGAAGAGAGUGGGACUUAUACGAACCCAUUGUUGAUAUGUUGUCGAAUGAGGAAGUUGAUGCCCUAGAAGCUAGAGAAGCAUAAGAUAAUCUCUUGCAUGAUGUCCACAACUUCAUUCAUUCAGCUGUAUUCUGGAUUUGCAAUUUCAAACAAUAUAUAUCUAUAUAAUGCAUCAGUUACGGUUAUCUUGAAAUUUAACGAGUACUA